CCUUGUGAAGUCAGCGCACAAUUCGUCCCACAUAACUUGAAGGCGCUGGUGUUAGUGGGUCGUGGUUUCAGAGGGCACUGCUUCGUUGAUCCACUGACACGAUUAUCCUUUAGAACAGCAUGCGCAGAAGGGUUUUGCAUAAUUUAUUCUGGAGAAAAAAUAAACUGUUGCCUUUGGGAUUAGUGUGUUUUGGACUCCUAUUGAUUAUGUGGAUAAAAAUAGAUAAACUUGACCAUGGUAAGUUGCAUGCAGAUUCAGCCUAUUUACCGGAUCAAAUAUAUGUAGAAAAUAACCAAAUCUUAGCACGUCAACCAAGUCAUAAGGAACUAAAAUAUCAAGAUGAAUCCCAAAAGAACAAUUCACUUAUUGGGAAUAAUCUAAAAAUACCUCAUUUUCCGAACGCUCGUCCAUAUCCUCCAAUUGACAAAGAUUUAAGUCAUGAGAAUGCGAAACGCCGAUCUGUCGAUGAUGAACACGGUGAAAAUCAUUUGCCUGAUAUUGUGCCGCCUGUUAAUGAGGACAAUAAUGUUCUUGUGCAACCUGACUAUAAGGAAAAGUCUAGAAUUAUGGGCGGUAAUGAACCUGUUGAAAGCAGCCAUUCAGAUAAACUAUCAGUCAUAGCCAAAUUAGGCUUAUCUCCUAGUUCUCCUCCUCCAAAAAGCGACAAAUACUCAACAGGUCCAGGUGAAGGUGGUAAAGCAUAUACAGUAAAUCGUGAAGACUUAUCACCAGCUGAACAGUUAAUAUUCGACAAGGGUUGGGAAGAUAAUGCCUAUAAUCAAUAUGCUAGCGAUCGAAUUAGUGUGAGACGAUAUUUGCCAGACUAUAGAGAAGGAGCGUGUAAAGUCGAUAAAUAUGGAAGUAAUCUGCCCUCAGCAUCAAUUAUAAUUUGUUUUCAUAAUGAAGCUUGGUCAGUAUUAUUACGUUCAGUACAUUCAGUGAUAGAUCGAUCUCCACCAAGUUUGUUAAAUGAAAUUAUACUUGUUGACGAUUUCUCUGAUCGUCCCUAUCUCAGAGAAGCACUAGAAGAAUAUAUGGGAAUGUUAAAUAUUGUCAAAAUUGUUCGUACUAAACAACGUGAAGGAUUGAUCAGAGCAAGAAUGAUUGGUGCAGAACACAGUACUGGGAAAGUGCUCGUAUUUCUAGAUUCGCAUAUUGAAUGUACCACAGGUUGGCUUGAACCACUUUUAGAUCGUAUUGCUUACAAUUCUUCAAUUGUUGUUGUUCCUGUAAUAUCGACUAUAAGUGAUACAACGUUGAAGUUUAAUUUUCUUAAGGCGGCUCAUGUUCAAGUUGGUGGAUUUGAUUGGGGUUUAACAUUCCGAUGGCACGAACAAACUGAACGUGACAAAAAUCGACCUGGUGCACCAUAUUCACCUGUUAGAUCACCUACCAUGGCAGGUGGUUUAUUUGCUAUAAGUCGUGAGUAUUUUAAUCAUCUUGGGAAGUAUGAUUCUGGUAUGGAAAUAUGGGGAGGUGAAAAUUUGGAACUGUCAUUCAAAGUUUGGAUGUGUGGUGGUAGUUUAGAAACUGUCGUGUGCAGUGUUGUUGGACAUAUUUUUCGUAGUCGUUCACCAUACAAAUGGAAUAUUAAUGUAAAAGAUCCUUUGAAAAGAAAUCUACUCCGUUUGGCUGAUGUAUGGCUUGAUGAUUAUAAACGAUUUUAUCAUGCUCGUAUUGGAUUUAACACUAUUGAUUUUGGCGAUGUUUCAGAACGCAAAGCCUUACGAGAAAAACUGAAAUGUCACUCAUUUGAUUGGUAUUUAACCAAUGUUUAUCCUGAAUUAUUUGUUCCUUCGAAAGCUUUGGCUUCUGGUGAUAUUGAAAGUGCUUCUGGUCCACACUGUUUGGAUUCACCAACUCCUCGUAGUGGAGAUAAACAAACUAUUAUCAAAAUAUGGCCAUGUCAUAAACAAGGUGGCAAUCAAUUUUGGUUAUUAUCACCUAACAAUGAAAUUCGACGUGAUGAUUUUUGUUUUGAUUCUGGUACGAAAAACAAUACCGUUGGUUUAUAUCGUUGUCAUGGUGCACAGGGUAAUCAAAAGUUUACUUAUGACGAAGACAAUGCUAUUCGUCAUGAAGGACAAUGUUUAGAGAUCAAUAUUGAAAAAUCCAGUGUUCAACUUACCUCAUGUACUGGAUCAUUAAAGCAACAAUGGAAAUUUAAUCGCAAACCGUAUAUGCCAACCGCUAUAGAUUUUAAUCGAUUUUAAUAUUGACUGAACACAUUGGAAUAAUUACCAAUCUAUUAUUUCAUGUUCAACUACUUCAUGUAUAUAUAUAUAUAUAUCUAUUAACAUGUAUUUGUACUAAUAUGAGAAAACAACAAUGUCUUUCCUUAGAUGUACAAUCUGUUUAAAGAAAUGUUUUGUGAAUAGAAUGGAAAGUACACAAAUAUUGUAUUAUGCUACCAAUUUUUUAGUUGUUCUUUUUUUUGUGUGUGUGGUUUCAACAUCCAAUGUGUAAAUUGGUUAAGCCUAGUGAUAACAUAUCAUCAUUCUCAUUUUUACAAUUUUGUUUAUCUGUGAUAACACUUACGUAAUAUUUAUAUAAAUUUGUGAACAGUUGCAAUCAAUAAAAUAAACAAACAAACAGACAAGAUAGAUAACUAGUAUGAGUUCAAUUUUUUUUUUUAUAUAUUCACUAAUGUGCCUUUCUCAUGGUGUUUGGUUAUUUCUCAUUAAUAAAAUUAAUAAUAUGUCAUGGAAUGUAUGAAUAAAUGAUGCUCAAUAUUUUGUUUACUUAUUAUCUACCCCUCAACUUUAUGGUUGUUAUUCUAUAGAAUGAUGGUUUGUUUUCAAAGUGUAUUUUAGUCUAUUUUUUCAUUACAAAACUCUUUUGUUUUGCUUCACAACAUGUUUCCCAUCCUUUGAAUUAUGGGGCUGUUGCACAAUCAUCUUUUUCGUUCAUUUCAGA